UGUCCUCCGUCAGCUGACUGAGACGCGGCGGCGGGAAAGCCAAGAGCCUCUUCUGUGCCCUUCAGUUCUCAGUGCCGUGUACCCCGUGCCAGUGCCCGAGCGCUCUCGAAAUGGGUCUGCAGGACGAGGACCGAAGCAGGAACCUCCCGUGGGUUGAGAAAUACCGUCCCAAGACUUUGCAGGACUUGAUAUCACAUGAAGACAUCAUAUCCACAAUCCAACACUUCAUCGAUGAGGACCACCUACCCCAUUUGCUGUUCUAUGGACCCCCAGGAACAGGCAAGACGUCUACUAUCUUGGCCUGUGCCAGAAGACUGUAUUCACCCAAAGAAUUCAACUCUAUGGUCUUGGAGUUGAAUGCUUCAGAUGACCGUGGUAUUAAUGUUGUUAGAGACCAGAUCCUAAGCUUUGCAAGUACUCGAACCAUUUUUAAAUCUGGCUUUAAGUUGAUUAUUCUUGAUGAAGCUGAUGCAAUGACUAAUGAUGCCCAGAAUGCACUUAGGAGAAUUGUGGAAAAGUUUACAGAAAACGUUCGCUUUUGCCUCAUCUGCAACUACCUUAGUAAAAUAAUUCCUGCCAUUCAGUCACGCUGUACACGCUUCAGGUUUGGCCCUUUAUCAUCGGAACAGAUCCUUCCUCGCCUCAAUUAUGUCAUUGAAGAAGAAGGUGUUCAAGUGACAGAGGAUGGAAAGAAAGCACUGCUAGCCCUUUCAGGAGGGGACAUGCGGAAGGUUCUAAACAUUUUGCAGUCCACUGCCAUGGCUUACAAUGAGGUCUCUGAGGAUAAUGUGUACACCUGUGUUGGUCACCCCCUUCGUUCUGAUAUCACAAACAUCAUCAACUGGAUGCUGAAUGAAGAUUUCCAGCUUGCCUACAAAAAUGUUUCUGAACUAAAAACUGCCAAAGGACUUGCAUUACAAGACAUCUUAACAGAGAUUCAUACCUACAUUCACAGAAUUGAUUUUCCAGUAGAAGUAAGAAUUCAUCUUGUGGAACGGCUAUCAGACAUAGAAGUGCGGCUGUGCUCUGGGGCUUCAGAAAAAAUACAGUUGUCAGCAGUUCUAGCUGCCUUUGCCCAAGCAAAACACAUGGUAGCAACCCAGGCAGUUGCUUAGGUUAUGUAGUGUGUACGUAAUUAUAACUUUUGUAACUGUCUGACUUGCUGUAUUGAAAAAAGGUUUUCAAAUAAAUUCUUAGUUUAUAA